AAAGGGCACAAGGCCAUAGCUUACCUCUCAGCCUCCAUUGUCUUCUUUUCUCCUUUUUUUUUUUUUUUCCCAACUUGCUUGGAAAGAAAAGUUGAAGAGGAGGGCCGCCUCUCCUCCUCUGCUCUUCCUCUGAAACCACACCCGGAAGCUCUUUCUCCAUUCUGGUGAUACUGCAUUAGCAAAUAAUGUUGCGAGCGAAGCAUAUUGGAAAUCUUUCUAACAGUGCAAGAUCCUUCUUUUUAAGUGGGUCACGGUGUAAUGCAGGGGAUGGUAGUUCUUGCACUUGCUCUGAGGAUGAAGCUUGUGUUUCACGAAGGCAGCAUCUCCGGCAUGGAGGUGCACUUGCCCAAAAUCAACCCACCUUGGUAUCCAGAACGACAGCAAGAGUAGGAAGUUUUGUUCCAGGAGAUGCAGUUAAAGUUAUCGGUUCACAAAAAGCUAAUAUCGUUCACCCUGCUUCUUUGAAGCAAGCUGAAAUUGCUCCAAAAAAAUUGGUGAUAUCAGAUUGUGUAAGUUAUGCUAAUGUCGUUGAAAAUGUUGAGAAGGAUGUGGAUAACACUUUGCCUCCUAUUUCAGACCAGUUUGUUAAGGCUGGUGUUGCAGCUGUAACUUUUCUUUCUGAUAUUGUGAAUUACAAGUUUCCUUUAUCUGAUGGAAUUGGAGUGCUUAACUUCCCCAAAAAUUGUAUGGUUGAUCCCACCAGGAUUUCUAGUAUCAAACCAUCACAUGUGAAACACAUCAAAAGAGAGAACUUUUCUAGUGUUCAUCCUAGAUCAUCUGCUGAGGCAGCUGUCCAGUUGAAUUCUACAAGUAAUUCGCACGGGGUAAAGACUAAAGGUGGUAAAUCUAGUGCAAGUAAGGGUGUAAAUAAUGUUCCUCAUACCAAGACUGGAAACUCAUGGGGCAGUCGAAGUGUACCUACAGAUGCCCGGGAUAAAAAGGCUGUACCAAAUAGAACUAGGUCUCUUAUAAAUAGCUUCAAAGCAGAUUUUAGUUCUAACUAUCAUCAGGCUUCAGAUGCAGGGUCUGAGGGGUGUGUUAAUAAAGGCUUUAACAGGCCCCCAAGAGAUGUGAAAUAUCCAAACGCAUAUGCUUCAAGCAGGAGGCCAUCUGCUUAUAGUUUUAAUCCUGUUGAAAGUGUUUCCCGGAUGCUGCAAGGAAUGAAGUGGGGGCGUGCUGCUGAAGAGAAGCUUGAAAAUCUCAAUUAUGUGAUGGAUGCAUAUCAGGCAAACCAAGUUCUAAAGCAACUUCAAGACCAUACCGUUGCUCUUGGUUUUUUCUACUGGUUAAAACGGCAAGCAGGAUUCAAGCAUGAUGGGCACACUUAUACCACAAUGGUUGGCAACCUUGGUCGUGCUAGGCAGUUUGGUACCAUAAACAAAUUGCUUAAUGAGAUGGUGAGGGAAGGUUGCCAACCAAAUGUUGUAACGUAUAAUCGAUUGAUUCACAGCUAUGGCCGAGCAAACUACUUACAAGAUGCAGUUAAUGUGUUCAAUCAAAUGCAGAAAGCAGGGUGUGAGCCUGACCGGGUGACAUAUUGCACGCUGAUUGACAUUCAUGCUAAGGCUGGUUUUCUUGACAUUGCUUUACGUCUGUAUGAUAGGAUGCAAGGGGCAGGUCUUUCUCCCGACACAUUCACUUACAGCGUCAUAAUCAACUGUCUUGGGAAGGCUGGUCACUUAACUGCAGCCCACAAUCUUUUUUCUAAGAUGGUUGGCGAAGGUUGCAUUCCCAACUUAGUCACCUACAAUAUCAUGCUAGCUUUGCAAGCCAAAGCAAGGAACUAUGAGGCUGCAUUGGAGCUUUACCGUGGGAUGCAGAAUGCAGGUUUUGAACCAGAUAAGGUGACUUACAGCAUAGUAAUGGAGGUGCUUGGUCAUUGUGGGUUUCUUGAGGAAGCAGAAGAUAUGUUUAAUGAGAUGAGACAGAGAAACUGGGUCCCCGAUGAACCAGUUUACGGUCUUUUAGUAGAUCUCUGGGGUAAGGCUGGUAAUAUUGAGAAGGCUUGGGCAUGGUAUGGAGCAAUGCUUGAGGCAGGGUUGCAGCCGAAUGUACCCACUUGUAAUUCUAUGCUCAGUGCUUUGCUUAGGGUGCAUCGGCUAUCCGAUGCGUAUAACCUGCUGCAAGGCAUGGUGGAUUUGGGUCUCAACCCUUCUUUACAAACUUUUACUUUACUUCUCAGUUGUUGUACAGAAGCGCGGUCCCCUCAUGACAUGGGGUUUUGUAGCAAGCUCAUGGAAAUUACAGGCCAUCCUGCACAUACAUUUAUAUUGUCCAUGCCAUCAGCAGGCCCAGAUGGUCAAAAUGUACGAGAUCAUGUGAAUAGAUUCUUGGAUCUGAUGCAUAGUGAGGAUAGAGAAGGCAAGAGGGGACUAGUUGAUGCAGUGGUAGAUUUUCUUCACAAGUCAGGGCUCAAAGAGGAGGCUGGCUCUGUUUGGGAGGUGGCUGCACAAAAGAAUGUGUAUCCCGAUGCAGUCAAGGAGAAAAGCAGUAGUCAUUGGCUUAUCAACCUUCAUGUUAUGUCAGAUGGUACUGCUGUUACUGCGCUUUCUAGAACACUUGCCUGGUUUCGCCGAGAGAUGCUAAUGUCAGGAGCUUGCCCAAACCGAAUUGAAAUUGUGACUGGAUGGGGCCGUAGGAGCAAGGUCACAGGAACUUCUCUAGUGAGGCAGUCAGUGCAGGAGUUGUUGCGAAUGUUUAGCUUCCCUUUUUUCACUGAAAAUGGCAACACUGGUUGCUUUGUGGGGUGUGGCGAGUCUCUUGGCAAAUGGCUGCUCCAUCCUUGUGUGGAAAGGAUGCAUUUGUUCUAGUAAAUUAUGAGUUUUCAGCAUAGUCAUUAUUGUGGAAACACAAUUUUGUCACUGGAGAAAUAGGAGAAGAUCUCGGCCAUAUGCUUUAGUGUACAGUUAUAUAUUGAGAACUGGAUCUUUAAGUUGUUAAAUGAGAAAUUUUUUUGUUCUCUUAAA